AUGACGGAAAACGCACCCCCCGGGAGCAACAGCAAGUCGACGGGAGCCAAUGGCACCGGCGGCGAUGCAGCUUCAUCAUCAUCGGCAGCGGGGAUCCCCUUCUACGAGAAACAGCGGCAGCAGCUGAAGGAGCUGAUCUCGCGGAAGCGAGCACUCGAGAAGAAGCUGAGCACGGUCGAGGACCUCAUCGUCGACAAAGAGACGGCGUACCUCGACGGCACGCCCAGCGGCAACAUCAUUAUCGGCUUCGACAACUACGUCAAGGGCGCCACCGCCGCCGCCGCCCAGCGCCGCAAGACCGGCGCGCCAGACCACAACCGCGUCUUCUCGCGCAGCUCCGUCUCGUACAACGCCUCGGCGGAUGCCCAAACCGCCGCGUCCACGCCCGCACACACGCCCCUCUCCAGCAGUUUCGGCGGCAACGGCCUAUCCGGCGCGCCCACGCCUACUAGCGCCGUCGGUGGUGGUGGUGGUGGUGGUGGAGGGGGCAGGAGUGGCCCGUCGUCGAAGAAGAGUAAAAAGAAUACACCCGCGGCGGCGGUGGCGGCUGCUGCGGUGGGUGGUAAUGCUGGGGUGGAGGAUAGUGAGACGGAUGGGCGCGAGACUAAGAAGGUGCGGACUAGUUUUGGGGCGAGGAAAUGA